GAGAGGUGGCAGCACAAGCCUUGAAGAGCAGCAGCUGCGGCUUCAACUUCUGCUCUCAGCUCCCGAGUCUCCUCGCCUCCUAAGUCUACAUCGCGCAACACUCUCUCGCUCAUUUUGCUGGUAAUUUGUGCGAAGCCGCAGUUAGACUCUUUCGCCGGUCUAAUCUCCCCUCAUACUAGGUCUCGAUUGCGAUCCCAUCUCUACCCAAUUCGUUUGCGAGGUCUCCACUGCAGCUUUGCAACUCGGCAGGCUUGGUGGUCAGAGGGGCUCGAUCGGUUCUGACCUGGGGUUACCUGCAGCUGCGGCGAUGGCCAUGGGAUGGAGUAGUGUGAUAGUGGUGAUAAUUGUGGGGGUGAUGGCCGGCGUGGAGGCGAAGGGGAGUAGGUUUACGGGCAGCGACUGGGGCAGAGCCCAUGCCACUUACUAUGGUGGAGCUGACGCCUCCGGUACUCAAGGCGGAGCUUGUGGAUUUGGCAAUCUCUACAGCAGCGGCUAUGGUACCAGCACUGCUGCUCUGAGUUCGUCUUUGUUCAAUAGCGGUCUCAGCUGUGGAGCGUGCUACGAGCUCACCUGUGACCCGUCUGGGUCCCAGUACUGCCUCCCGGGAGGUUCCGCUAUUAUUACUGUUACCAACUUCUGUCCUACCGGUUCUAACGGAGGCUGGUGCAACCCACCCAGGCAGCACUUCGACUUGGCGCAACCUGUCUUCAGCAAGAUUGCGCGCACAGUGGGCGGCGUCAUUCCCAUCAAUUAUAGAAGAGUGUCCUGCCUCAAGUCUGGAGGCAUGAGGUUCACGGUUAAUGGCAACCCCUACUUCCUGCUAGUGCUCGUCACCAACGUCGGAGGCGCUGGCGACGUGCAGCAAUUGUAUAUUAAGGGCUCCAGCACCGCCUGGCUACCCCUAAAGCGCAACUGGGGGCAAAUGUGGCAGUUCACGGGCAACAGCGGAAUGCACGGCCAAGCGAUCUCGUUCAAAGCCGUCACCAGUGAUGGCGCCGAGGCCAUUUCAAACAAUGUGGCUUCAUCCAACUGGGGCUUCGGGCAGACCUUCGAGGGGUCGAACUUUUGACGGGGGUCAUCCCUCCGUUCAUUUUCUUAGUGGGUCAGAUUGGAUCAUUUUAGAAUGAUCCGGCAUAGCUGUGGUGUGCGAUUUAGCGACCGCCCGCUUCUACAAUUACGUCAAGUUUAGUCUCUAUUCUUCCUUGUUGUCUAGUCUCCAUGUUCGGACGUAGAAAUCAAUCCAGGAGUUCGCUCCCGUGAUCGAUCGUAGCUGUCCUCAUUGGUCAAGCUCAAGAUGAAGAUGUGGAGAUCACAUAGAGGAUGCCGAGGUGUGUGCAUGUCCGUGUGUCAAUGUUUUCCAUUACACCACCCGCUCCAGUCCCUACGUUUUAUACUGUUCAUCAAUGACGUUGCCAAUCCAUAUACACGUCAAGUUCCUCAUGAUUUUGGUCCUGUAAUCCUGAGCUGGUUACAGUGGACGUGAUGUUGCUAGCGAUCGACUGAGUAGACUAUCAGAGUGUAUUGCCUCUACAAAGUACCAUUAAAUUUGAGACGUGCCCAGAUAUUUCGGAUACUAUAUUGGAUCGAUCGUCGUGCUUCGUUUCUUGACUACCUGCACAUGGUCAGCUGAUCUUUCCAUCUCAAUAAAAAGUGAGUUGUGCACAAGCGCAUCUGCUUGCUUGCUUGUAUCAAUUUCU